AUGGGGCCUCCAAAAGAACAGAGUCUCUGGAGACUUCCAUCUAUGCUUGUGUUUGGACCUCAAGGGCGAAUUUCCUCUGAAGAUCUUACUGAGCUACGCUCCCGCCUUACCUCAGAUGAAUGGCUCUCGAAACUGUAUGCUGCCGCUCAGGGCUUACAUAACUUCUGGUCUAAUCUGGUCCGUUUCGACUCGGAUCUGGCACAGGUUGCUGGAGAGUCAUGUUUGCGUGACUUUGCGGAGUGGUUGUCUCACGCGCGUCCGUUUCCAUGCCAACCUUCAGAAAUGCCGGCCACUCUUGCGUUUCCGAUAAAUUUUUUGUUUCAACUGUGUCAUUAUGGAGCUCUUCUACGGUUGAUGAAUGAAGACAAUAGACAAGGAGCGGUUCUCGAGAGAUUAGGGGAUGGGGGAGUGCAGGGCUUCUGCGUUGGUUUCCUUUCUGCUAUUACCGUCGCCUCUUCUUUGAGUGAGGAGGAACUUAUCGAGACUGCCGUCCGCGCUCUACGCUUGGCUGUUUGCAUCGGCGCUUAUGUCGAUAAAGACGCCUUCUAUACCGAGCCGGCAUGUAUCUCCGUUCGUGGAAGACAGACAGAAACAAGAAGUGAAGAAAGGGUUGCAGAGGUCCUUCAAAAUUUCCCUGAGGCAUACAUUUCUGCCGUCACUGAUGAGAUAUCUGUGACAAUUACAGUCUCGCGCAACAAACUGGCGAAGUUGAAAGAAUCCUUGACAGCUGCUGGGUUUCUUGUCCAAGAUGUUCCAGUCAAUGGCCGGUUCCAUAACUCUGCCUAUGCCCCCGAGGUAGAAAAGCUCGUUUCCGUGUUUAAAGGCGAUUCCGACCUCCGUUUCCCCGGCCCGGAGCGGUUGCGUGUCGGCGUCCGGUCCGCCACGGACGGGAAAAUGAUCAACCAAGGAGAUCUAGUCCGGCACAUCCUGGACAAUACCCUGCUUAAGCCUGUGGUUUGGUACAAGACCCUGGAACUCUCCACGGCCUCUUUAUCGCCAGGUCCAAAGUGCAUUGCCCUAGCAGGCCUCUCAAACAGCUUUCCACAAUCGCUAUGUGUAGAGCCAGAUUUACGCCUUCUGAGCCUGCGCGGCCUUACAGAUGACCAUGCCAAAACGAUCCAAGAUAACAACAUCAACGGGCUGGGCGGCAGCCAUACGCCUCCGCACACACCUCCAGGAUACACCUUCGGAGGCCGCGUGUCGGACUGGGAGAAUGGUCACGACAGAUACUCAGGCACUCAGAGAAAACCAGCACUACCCGAGUUUCCACCCCAUUCUGUUGCCAUUGUGGGAAUGGCAGGAAGGUUUCCAGGCGCCAAUUCAGUCGAUGAGCUCUGGGAGCUGAUAUCUACCGGAAGCUCGACGGUGACCAGCCCCCCUGAAAGGGUUGGUCUGGAUCAACUCGCAGAAGACAAUUCACAAGUGAGAUGGUGGGGAAACUUCAUUGAAGAUCAUGAUGCAUUCGAUCACAAGUUCUUCAACAAAUCCGCUCGCGAGGCUACGGCAUGUGAUCCGCAGCAGAGGAAGCUUCUCGAGGUCGUCUAUGAGGCCCUUGAGUCUUCGGGAUACCACAGCGCGGAUUCGGGAGUCGACUCAACCGACUACGGCUGCUACAUCGGCGCCGUCAUGAACAACUACGCGUCCAAUGUCAGUUGCCACCCCCCGACGGCUUAUGCAACGAUGGGGACUUCGCGAGCCUAUUUCAGCGGCGCCAUCAGCCACCACUUCGGCUGGACUGGGCCGGCGACGACAAUCGACACGGCCUGCUCGUCCUCCCUCGUGGCCAUUCACACUGCGUGCCGGGCCAUCGCGGCAGGCGAGUGCAGCCGCGCCGUUGCGGGCGGUACGAAUGUUAUCACGUGCCCGCAUGAUUAUCGAGACCUCAAGGCCGCGGGAUUUCUCAGUCCAACGGGCCAGUGCAAGCCAUUCGACGCCGGCGCCGACGGUUACUGUCGUGGCGAGGCCGUGGGCGUGGUCGUCUUGAAAUCGCUGGACGCAGCGAUCGAGGAGAAGGACCAUAUCUUCGGCGUCGUUGUCGGCUCGGCCACCAACCAGAAUCCCAAGGAGGGCCCUAUCGUUGUGCCGAACUCGAAAGCCCAAGCCAGUCUCUUGAAGAAGGUCAUGGACAUGUCCGGCGUCUUGUCCGAGGACGUUACCUACGUCGAAGCUCAUGGCACAGGCACCGGCGUGGGCGAUCCGAUCGAGGUUCAGAGUCUCCGAGAUGCGUUUGGCGGACCAUCGAGAACCUCGACACUUCACUUCAGCUCGAUCAAGGGGAACAUAGGCCAUGCCGAAGCUGCGUCUGGGGCUGCCGGCCUGAUCAAGACGAUUCUCAUGAUGCGCCAUGAACAGAUACCGCCUCAGGCGAGUUUUGGCACCUUGAACCCAAACAUUCCAGCGCUGGAACCCGAUGGGAUGGCCAUUCCUCGAGAACUGAUGCCCUGGAACCCAAGAGACCGCGUUGCUUGUGUCAACAACUACGGAGCGGCUGGGAGCAACUCGGUUGUGCUUAUCCGUGAAGCGCCAUCAAUCAACUAUGAUGGAACAAUGGCAGAUUUAGCCACAACGCCGCCCUCCAAAUGGCCUUUGAUUCUGUCUGCAGCGAAUAAGGCAUCGAUGUCAACGUAUGCCCGAAAGCUACUUGAUUGGGUUCGACACGCGAGGGCUGCGAAGUCAGCAGACAUUUCUAUCACGGACAUCCUCUUUAACCUUGCUCAUCGGGCCAACCAUGCCCUGGGACACAUCGCGGCGAUGCCCGUAUCUGACAUCUCUGACCUCGAGUCAACAGUCUCUGUGAUUGCCUCUGGAGAAGGCGUCUUGACAACAAGUACAUCGCCGCCACCGCCGGUCGUACUAGUCUUUGGAGGGCAAGAAGGCCGCUUCGUCGGGCUUUCGGAGUCAGUGUACCAGUCGUCGCAAAUCUUCCGUCAGCAUCUCGACACCUGUCAGCAAGUCUCUUUGAACUUAGGUCUUGAUGGACUGUACCCUGCUAUAUUUCAGCAAGCUCCCGUCUCCGAUCUCAUCACCCUGCAUACUGCUUUGUUUGCCGUUCAAUAUGCUUCUGCACGUGCGUGGAUCGACUGCGGACUCAAGGUGGAGGCGGUCAUAGGGCAUAGCUUCGGCCAACUGACCGCCCUCUGUGUUGCUGGCGUGUUGUCUCUUCUCGAUGCGCUAAAGCUAGUUGCUGGCAGAGCUUCGCUCGUGGAGAAGCACUGGGGCGGUGCAGAAGCCGGCGCAAUGAUCGCUUUACAUGCUGAUCGAAAGCAAGUUGACGAGAUACUCCAUGAGGUGAGGAGCAAGGCGGGUUGUGUCGAGAUUGCUUGCUUCAAUGGCCCCAAAAACCACGUUGUAGUUGGCUCUGCCGAGGCUAUUCAAGACGUGGAAGCUUUCGUUGCCAGCAGAAACCAACCGCGAACCUCCAUCCGCAGCCAAAAACUAGAGGUUACGCAUGGUUUCCACUCAAGAUUCACAGAAGCUUUACUGCCUCAACUAUCAGAGCUUGCAAAAGGCUUGGAGUGGAAGGCUCCGACCAUCCAUCUCGAGAUUUGCAGCGAAAUGCAGACCACCCAAACGCCCGACCAUCGACUAGUGACCGAGCAUACCAGACGCCCAGUAUAUUUUCAACAGGCUGUCGAGAGACUCAUGCAGAAGUAUCCGCAGGCUACCUGGCUGGAAGCUGGACGUGGGCUUUCAACCACACACUUGGUUCAAGCAUGUGCCCAGGAUCCUGGGCGUCACUCGUUCGUGGCUCCACGAUUGACUUCAUCAAGUGCGCAGGAUUCUCUUGUCGACGCCACAGUCAGUCUCUGGAGAGAAGGCCACGCUGUGCAGUACUGGCCGUUCCAUCGAAGCCAACGGUUUCAGUACCGGCAUCUCAGCCUGCCGCCAUAUCAGUUCCAGAAGACCCGACAUUGGCUCCCUUAUAUCAGACCAGCAUCUGGCAUUGAAGAGAACUCCCCUGGCACACAACCUGAAGAAGUGAAGAACCAAGAAUUCCUGUCCCUUCUCAAAGGUGACAGGUCUGCAGAAGCACAGUUUCGCAUCUCGACUCAAAGUGACCGCUUUCUAGCCUUAACUGCAGGCCAUGUCAUGUGCGGCCAGGCUCUUAUGCCGGCCUCAGCAUACAUCGAGGUUGCGUCAAGGGCCGCCCUCAAGCUUCAAGGGGAUAUGGAAGCCACGACCUGGACUCCUUCCAUCGAGAACCUUGCAAUGCGGGCGCCUAUAGGGGUUGGCUUGGAUCAAAAACCACUCGAUGUCAUCAUGAAAAUGAAACGUCUUGAUAGCCCAGAGCCAUCGUGGUCUUUUUCGAUCACGGUAAAGUCAAACCCAGGUGAUGAUCGGGACUCUGUCCCAACUCACGAAACUACAACCGGAUCUGUGCACCUACAUCGGCGUACAGAUUCCCAAGUCGCGCAAGAGUUAAGACGGGUUGACUCGUUGAUCGGCCACCGCCGCUGGGAGCAGAUCACGACCCAUCAAGAUGCCGAGGGGAUGCGCGGAAAGCACAUUUACCGGGCGUUCGGCCAGGUGGUGGAGUACUCGGAUGCUUUCAAGGGUAUCAAGACCAUCGCCUGUUUGGGAAGUGAAGCCGCAGGAACAGUUAGCAUCUUGCCCGGCCUUGACGACCCGCCAGAUCAACGUCAGGCCGAUACGCCCAUGAUCGACAGCUUCAUGCAGUUUGGCGGGUUCUUGGUCAACUAUUUCAACGAAGCCACAUCGCCGGACAGCCUCUUCGUCUGCCAUCACGUCCAACGCGUGCAGUUCGGACCGGCGUUCACCCCGGACGGCAAAGAUUGGUUCGUUUGGGCAAACAUGACCUCUGUCGACCAGGGCAACCUGUCGGCCGACGUGUACGUUUCAGACACGCACAGUAGAAAGACGGUGUUCACGGCGCUGGGUAUGACCUUUGGAAAGAUAUCCCGCGCCUCGCUCACGCGAAUGCUGGGUGGUUCUACUGCUCGCGACGUGGAGUCUUUGAGCGCGUUGAAGACUAGGGACAGAGGACCAGCGGCGAGAGACGAGGUGGUCACUCCGGCCGGCGAGAAACCCCCCGGGAACAACAUGAGCAAACGAGCAGAGAUUUUCCGCAUCGCGGCUAGCAUCACUGAUAUCCCCGAGAACGAACUAUCUGGGGAGAUGCCCUUAGUCGAUAUUGGGGUGGACUCGUUGGGGGCAACCGAGAUGGUUGGCGACAUUACCUCAACCUUGAACGUGACCAUCGACCUGGCCACGUUCCUGCUCUUCCCAAAUAUCAAUGCCGUAAUUGCUCAUGUGGACAGCCAGCUGGGGUUGCAACCACGGAUGGAGAAUGAAGCCGCAAAAGACCCCCAAGUCUCGAUGUCUCAUGGAGACAUGAAUGAGAUCGCUAAGGUCACAAAGCCAAAGAGAGACAACGCACUCAAGUCGGAUCACUCGACCCUGCCGAUCAUCAGGUCCAUUCAAGAAUCUUUCGACGAUGUCCGUCUCAGUUUUGACCGCCUCGGAGCAGGGGCCCAGGCCCUGGACUACUGGUCUGACAUAUACCCUGAUGAUGUCCGCCUUGUCCUGGCAUAUACCACAGAGGCGUUCCACAAACUGGGCUGUGAAUUGCGGAAUCUGAGACCAACAGAGCCUGUACCUGAAGUUGAGGGCAUUCUGCCUCGACAUCGACAGCUUGUGCGGCGAUUGUACCAGCUCCUGGAAGAUGAAAAUGUGAUCAAAAGGUCUGCCAGCGGUGACUACGUCAGAACAAACAAGACUAUAGAGACCACAACCGAUGAGCAGAUUUUCGGCGAGAUUAUCGACAAACAUCCGCUGAACAGUCCGAUCCGUCACCUCUUGCAGGCCGUGGGGCCACAUCUCGCAGCCUGUCUCGUGGGGGGCGAGGACGCGCGCCAAAUCUUGUUCGGUAACCGACUGAACAAGAAGUGGCUGGAGCAGCUGUACAUGGAGUGGCCGAUGCUUGUCACGGCAACGAAGCUUCUCGGAGAUUUUAUGCUCCACGCCUUCAGGAAGACCAGCGGCUCAGGGCCCCUAUCCGGCCCCUUUCGCAUCUUGGAGGUUGGAGCGGGAACAGGGGGCACGACGCGCCAUUUAGUCGAUCUCCUCACCAGAAACGGUAUCCAGUUUGAGUACUGCUUCACCGACAUUUCCGCGUCACUCGUACAAAAGGCCAAGACGUCGUUUGCAGACGUUGACGGUAUGACCUUUGCCGUUCUGGACAUCGAGCAGGAACCCGCGGCCGAGCUCGCCGACGGGUUCCAUGUCAUCAUAUCGACAAACUGCAUCCAUGCCACCAGAAACAUCACGCAUAGCCUCUCCAACCUGCGCAAGAUGCUCCGCGAGGACGGCGCGCUCGCGCUGAUCGAGAUGACGGCGCCGCGCCCGCUUUACGUGUUCGACGUGAUCGUCGGUCUCCUGGAGGGGUGGUGGUUAUUCGAAGACGGCCGCUCGCACGCGCUGGCUGACGUGGACUUUUGGGCGCGUGCAUUCACAGACGCAGGGUUCCGGGAGGUUCUCUGGUCUGACGGGGCGACGCUCGAGGCCAAGACCGUUCGUGUCUUGUGUGGGUUCCGGACGACGGGUGCUCCGCGGAUCCCACAGGAAACGAGGAAAAGGAACGGUGGGAGUGGCGCGGGAGCGGGCGACGUCCGUAUACAAGAGGUGGUCUACAAGACUGUGGGACCGCAGGAGAUCCACGCGGACAUAUACUGUCCCUCAAUUGCAGACCCAGCGAGGAAGAUGCCAGUUGCUCUAAUGAUACACGGCGGGAGUCACGUGAUUUUCUCACGGAAGGAUAUCAGACCACCUCAGACGCGCAUCAUGCUGGACAUGGGGCUUCUCCCAGUGAGUCUAGACCACCGGCUCUGUCCAGAAACACGGUUGGUCGAUGGCCCCAUGGUCGAUGUCUGCGAAGCCGUUGAGUGGGCGAGGACAACGCUCCCACACAUCGAGCUCACGAACACCGACAUCAAGCCUGACCCAGACAACGUUGUUGUCGUGGGAUGGUCCUCGGGAGGCCAGCUGGCGUUGUCGACUGGGUGGACGACGGUGGAAAGGGGACUUCGACCCCCUAACGCUAUCCUGGCGUUCUACUGUCCAACUGACUAUGAAGAUGAUUGGUGGCAAAAGCCCAUCCAGCCCAUUGGGGCCGAGGACAAGGGGGAAGACUAUGAUGUGCUGAAAGCAGUCCAAGAUAAGCCGAUCACGAACUACGGCAUCAUCGGUGCAUGGGAGCCCCUUUCCGACCCUCGCAUCCGCAGUGAUCCCCGCGCUCGCAUUGUCUUGCACAUGAACUGGAAAGCCCAGACGCUACCUGUCGUCAUAGGAGGCCUACCCAGCAGGAGCCUGGCCUCCAGGGAGCGACCCGAAAUUCAAGACUGGAAUGCAUUGACGCAGCCUCCGAUAGAGGAGGUCCGACGAUGCAGCCCCUUAGCCCAGGUCCGCAGCGGCAGCUAUGCGACGCCGACAUUCAUGGUCCACGGCACGGCUGAUGACUUGAUUCCCUGGCAGCAGUCCUUCCGCACUGUUGAAGAAAUGAAGACUCGUGGUGUCGAUGCCCAGUUGGUCUUGGUGCCGGAGGGCCCGCACGUUUGUGACAUGAGCCAUGAUCCGGAGUCGGCGGGCUGGAAGGCAGUGCUGGAGGCCUACCAGUGGCUUGAAAACCACGCCUUUUCCCACUCUCGUCAUAGUUGAGCAAUCGUGGUCCCAGUGGUCUUGACGGUGGACAACAUCUUUAAGACCAUAAGCGUCGAAAGAAUUGAGUGAUGGAGGGAUGCAAUCGUUGGGGACGGCGAAGUCAUUACUUGUGCCGAGUUCUUUAUCGAUAACGCCAAGGAUGUCACUUGCAGAAGCAUCAUGAGAGAAAACUACCUAACGCAGCGUCGGAGGCGCCGGUGGCCGGGUGGAUGCAGGGUGCUUGAGAUAUGAGUUUUGUGUUACGGACUAGUGAGGGUCUUGUUAUCUAUGGUGGCACUGAUAUUGAAGAUUGUAGAUGGGGAACGAGAGCACCGGGUGACGGAGUAAAAGUACAGAGAAUACAAAUCGAAUUCUCUUUUGUUUGAAGUCAUUUUAC